AUGUUACUGCAUGAAGAAGAUACCACAGAAAGUAUAGCGAAAGCUUUUGCUUUGCAACUUAAAGACAUGUCAAAAUUACAAAGAAUAAUUGCAGAGAAAUUAAUUUCUGAAAUAAUGUUUUAUGGUAAACUAGAUCAGUUAACAGUUAAUUCUUCUAUAAAUUUGAAUCGUAUAGCAUCUUCUCAGUCUCCAUCACCAUCACCAGUAAAUAAAAAUAAUUUACAGACCCGAAGACAUAUCUACAUGCCAAUAUCGCCUGCCUCGGAAUACAGAUAUACCUAUACGCCAUCACCAUCCCAAUCACCAGCCUCUCACAUAUACGAGCAUACAGCAUACAUUGAAAAUAAUAAUGUCUCAUGUAAUUCAGUUGUAUUAUCUAUUCCUGAAAUUGACUGUCAAGUACUACCUACAGAAACCCAAAUGAGCUCUACGCAAUAUACUUCAGAUUUGCCUAUAGGAAACCAAUCAAUCUUCACACCACAGUUCACCACUCCACAGCUCUUCACUCCACACCCCACACUAAAAGCGAAUAUUAUAUAUGAAGGGGAUGGAAAACUAAUUAAAAGAUUUUCUGAUCUUGCCUAA